CUGCUUUGACCGACCACACUGCCACAGUGAUGUCCUCCGGUAUUUCUGCAGCAGCAGAAAUAACGCACUCGCUCAUUCAGCGCAACCACACCACACUCCGGCGCACGCACGCACGCAACGAUGUCCACCUUCUCUGCCACCGAGACCACCGCGCCGCACGCGCUCCUCCUCCCCUACCCGGCGCAGGGCCACGUCAUCCCGUUCAUGGAGCUCGCCCACCGCCUCGUCAACAGUGGGUUCGCUGUCACCUUCGUCAACACAGAGUUCAACCACCGCCGCGUCGUGGACGCCGCCGGCGCCGGCGCGUCGGGAUGCCCGCGGCUGCGGCUCGUGGGGGUCGCGGACGGGAUGGGCUACGGCGGGGACCGCGACAACUUUGUCCGGCUCAACGCCGCCAUGCAGGAGGCCAUGCCGCCGCAGCUGGAGGCGCUUCUCGACGGCGCCGGCGAGGGCUUGGGUAGGGUGACAUGCGUUGUGGUUGACGUCGGCAUGUCGUGGGCGCUUGACGGGGUGAAGUGGCGGGGCCUCCCGGCGGCCGCGCUCUGGGCGGCGUCAGCGGCGGUGCUCGCGGUGCUGGUGGGAGCCGAAAAGCUCAUACGCGAUGGCGUCAUCGAUGACGACGGAGCUCCGAUCAAACUGGAGAACAACUCGUUCCAUCUUGCCGCAUCAACGACGCCCAUGGACGCGACCUUCCUAGCCUGGAAAAACAUGAUUGGAGGCCGCGAUGCGGAGUGCAUGGUGUUCCACUACCUCACCUCCACCACGUGGGCCGCUGCCGCCAAGACAGAUGUCCUCCUCUGCAACACUUUCGCCGACCUCGAGCCAGCCAUCUUCACCACCCAGAACUCCCCGGCUGCCACCAUUCUCCCCAUCGGCCCGCUCCGCACUUGGCAGCGUUCUACCACCAAGGCACCGGUUGGGCAUUUCUGGCGCGUACACAAUGAGGCUAGCCUCUCCUUCCUUGAUGCUCAGCCUCAUGGCUCCGUUGUUUAUGUGGCGUUCGGUAGCCUGACCAUCAUGAGCCCUACGCAGCUCGAGGAGCUUGCGCUUGGGCUGGAAGCCUCCGGUAGGCCGUUCUUGUGGGUUGUUAGGCCCGGGCUGGCCGGCAAACUCCCGACCGUGUUCAUGCACCAUGGGAGGGGUAAAGUGGUGGAGUGGGCACCACAAGAGCGUGUGCUUGCACACCCUGCGAUAGGGUGCUUCCUGACACACUGUGGGUGGAACUCGACGUUGGAGAGCAUCCGCAAUGGGGUGCCUAUGCUUUGUUGGCCGUACUUCACCGACCAGUUCGCCAACCAGACAUAUAUUUCCGAUAUCUGGAGGGUGGGGCUAAGGGUGGCACGAACUGACAAUGAAGGAAUGGUGACGAAGGAGAGGAUCAUGGAGAGGUUGGAGAGCAUAUUAGCUGAUAAUGGCAUUAAGGAAAGGGUGGAAAGGUUGAAGGAGAUUGCGGAGAAGAGCAUGAGUGAAGAGGGACAGUCAUUGAAGAAUCUCAAUGCUUUCAUGGAGUCAAUAAGAAAGUGAAUAUUACAAUAUGAUUAUUAUCAUGAGGAUGCAAUUUUCAAGUAAAUGUUGAGUUUCGUUGUAGUUCAACCUUCAGAAUGUUUGCAUAAUUUUUCUCACUCAAUUUUGAGAAAAGUUUGAAUGUUGAACUUAAUUUUCUCCUUCCCCUGUUUUAGAUGUUGAGAUACAUAUGCUCCAAACUCACA